AUGGACAGUACGCCAGCAAUAACUGCAGAGUCUUAUGUGGGUGGGUUAGUAGUAGAACAAGUAAAUGUGAAUGACUUAGCAGAUAGUAAUGGGUCGAAUGACAAGAAGCUCGCGAAGUGGCAAUUAGGGGGGUCGAAUACUAAUCCACAUGAAGAUAUCCUUGGCUCUGAAGAUAUCCUUGGCUCGACAUUUGUUCAUAAUGAUAAAUUCGUUGAAAGUUGGAUUGGGCCGGAUGAAAUGAAACUUAAAGAAGAGCCAAAGCCGGAGCUAGUUGACCCGUAUAAUAUCAUGUUUGAUCGGAUUAUAGCGCAGUACAUGGCGGAUAGGGAUAAGAGGUAUCAGGAAUGGUGUGAUGAUCGUGUAAAUGUUGGAAUUCAACCGGGAUCGUUUGGUCAGUUUACUCCUAGUAAUUCCAUAUCAGCCACUAUGCUAAACAUUGUGCACCGUCGGGCUAAAGACCAACUGGAUAUAAAGAUUAUGGAAAUAACUGGUUGUGUUAAUGUGACGAAGAUUAAUAGGGAUUCUGCUAGGUAUCUUUUUGAUACUGAUAUAACUGACUGUGUGGUCCGAAUGGUUAAAGAUGAGUUUGGGCUGUCAGAUGAUGAGAAGGUGAUUAAUUUGUUGAGUUUCCAUGCGGCUAUGGCUGUAGUGGCUAGUUUAACAACGAUUGGGUUUGCAGUGGCUUUACAUUGGGUUACUGUGAAUUCUCCGCCUUACGAUAUGACUGGAAUGGGUUUGAUCUAUACACUGGAAAAGAAGUUAGGCCUUUUGUUUAGCGCUGGAUCUUCAAUAUGCUUUCUGUGGUGGGCAUGGUCCUUGCGUGCUAGUAAACAUACUCAUUAUAACAACUACUAUAGAAUCGUAAUUGCCCCAACGAGAAGAAGUCGGCCAUUGAUUUACAGCUCAUUUUGGGGAUUAGUUGUUGUUUCGGUGGUGAACCUGUUUUGUUUGACUGCUGGACUGGUUUGGGUGCUGGGUUGUGGGCCACUUGAGUUUCUUUGGGGUGCUACUUCGUGGAAACUCCUGGAUGAUGGCGUGGCGACCUUAAAAUGGCAUGGUCUACUUGGAUACAUUUCUAUGGCAAUACAUGCUGUUGGCAUGGGUAUACUGGCUAUACUGCUGGUUUACAAGAGGAAGUUAUGGUUCCAGGACCACCAAGUGCGCUGGACUUGGAUGUAUUCAUUCACUUGGACUCCGAAAACAAAGAGUACUGAUAUCCCGAUGACGGUGAUUAAUAGUCAGAAGAAGGCGCGCAAAACGGGGGCUGAACCUAGCGAGGGGGACGAUACACCGUUGAAGACCGAUAAACCGGUGGUGAUCAAACUGCCCAAUCCGAGUUUAAACCUAUAUUUGGCUGCGGGGGCGUUCUGGGCGUUUUUGAUAGCGACUAUGUUGAAAAUCCCUUAUAUUGUCGAGCUGGCCCAUGAAGGAGCUCCGAUCCAAGGUAUGAUGGCUGCCAUUGAUGUGCUUGGUGUAAUAGCUGCUUCGCCAAGCGGUGCUAUGACCUUCGUAUCUAUACUUUUCUUUGUUGAUAAUCAACUUGGGCUAAUUUACAAUUGCUAUAAGCAUCUGGCGGUAGAUUGCAUGGAUGGUACUAAAUGGUUCUAUUCCUACAUUAUUACAUGUGAGGCAGUUCUGAUUCUAGGAGGAAUUAGUAUCCUGUAUGGUCUUCUGUUUGAUAGUUUCUACCCAAUUGUAUGGCUUAAGGUCCGGGUGGUAUAG